AUGCCGCGCGAAGUCGACAUCUCCAACAUUGAGCGGAAUUUCAUCCUUCAAGCUCUGGAACAAGGCGUCCGAGUUGACGGGCGGCAUCUUGACCAAUUCAGAAACCUCGACCUAGAAUUCGGAGAUGAAUACGGAACAGUCACUGCCUGUCUUGGGAGGACGAGAGUACAUGUUCAAAUCUCAGCAGAGGUCACGAAGCCACUUGAAGACCGCAAAUUUGAUGGCAUCUUCACAAUUGUCACUGAGUUGAGCCCCAUUGCGUCUCCCGCAUACGAAGUCGGCAGACAAACGGAGCAAGAAGUGAUAUUGUCUCGGACUCUUGAAAAGGCUAUACGACGAUCUCGUGCCAUUGAUACGGAAUCCCUAUGCAUUAUUGCGGGAGCAAAAUGCUGGUCUAUUAGAGCCGACGUGCAUGUCCUUGAUUCUGACGGUGGUCUGGUCGAUUGUGCCUGUUUGGCGAUUGUGGCGGCAUUGCGACACUUUCGAAGACCUGAUGUCUCAGUUGACGGGGAAAUGGUAACGAUAUACACCAUGGCCGAACGAGUGCCGGUUCCAUUGAGCAUUAUGCAUCACCCGGUUUGCACAACAUUCAGCUUCUAUCACGGAGGGGAGACCAUCCUGUUGGAUGCCACACGCAGUGAAGAGCAAGUCCGAGAGUCGUCAGUGACUUUUACGGUGAACGACUUUGAAUUAUGCCAGGUCUCCAAGAUGGGAGGGAGCGCGAUUGAUGCCCUAGUUCUGCUGAAGUGUAUCAACACAGCCUUGGCCAAGGGGAAAGAGAUCAAUGGGAUCGUGGCUAAGAAAUUAGCAGAGGAUGCGACCAAGCGGGACGUGGGCGGACUGAUUGCCGAGCUGCGGGCUGAGAAUGAGAGAUGA